AUGGAUACCGUAUCUCCCGGGGGCGAUGCAGAGGCAACGUGGGGAAAAGCCUUUGACAGAGCAGCGGGAGAGCUGAGCAAGUGGAGCACCAAGUACCUUACGACUGGAGGGCGAGUGACCAUUAUCAACAGCUAUGUUCUGCCGAUCUUCCUCUUUCAGGCGCAGGUCUAUCCGUCGGACGACUUGCUGUGGCGAAGGGUAGAGAAGCUGGUUGAAAAUUUUGUGUAUGGGAACCAUGCAGACACUGAGCGGCACUUCGGGCUCUGGAGUGGGGACCUGAUAUACACGACGAGAGAGCAAGGGGGUUUGGGGGUUUUAGAUCCAAGAGGAAGGGUUGACGGUGUGGCAUUAAGGUGCGCGGGACUGGUGCUGAAGCAAGAGUGUUCACUGAGACGGGGCUUGUCGGAGAGAGCGGCGGGCUUACCUCUCGGAUGGGCGACGCUGUAUGCGCACAAGGCGGUGCUGAAAGGGGGGCUGAUUAAAAGCCGAAGGUGGGCGAGGCUGUGUAAAAUAGUCCUGAAAUCAACGAUGGUGGAGGUACCAGAAGUGGCAUCAAGAUGGGAGGCAGAGGGGGAGUUUCUGUGCUACAACAAAAGCAUUAUCCAUCAUGGCAACGCCCCUUUUGGCGGGCAGAAGGGCACGGAGAAGCUAAGAACGUGGCGUAUGAGCGACAUGGUACUGAGGAAAUGGGACGGGACAAGGACGAUCAAGCCGGAGGUGUUGUUGGUUAGGGAGUUGGGAGGAAAAAAGGAGGCGGAGAUGGCACUAAAGGCGUUUAAUGCGGCACCGGAGCGGUGGCGACAGUGGGUACUGACGCCGAUGACAGCGGAAGAGGUUGCAGCUGAGUCAUCGUUGGUCAGCACCAGACUCCCAGGUGGGCAGAGGUGUCUCUGGGAAAUCUGCAACAAGCUGGGAAGGAAGGUGGAGCUUCGGGGGCUCAGCGGCAAAGGGGAGCGCAUGGCAUGGGAUGUGAAGAUAGUACUUUGCUGCGACAGUGUGGUGCCGACGAAAUUGUCGAACAAACGGGCGAUACGGGAGGCUGGAGACCCAAGGGUGCGGUUGCUCAACUCGAAGCUAUUCAGAGAUGAGGAGGUGGCUUCAGUCAGGGAGCUCAAGGAGCCGAGUAAGGGGGCAGAGGCGGUGGAGGUGAAAAGGCAAGACUGGGAGGCUCGUGCAGGCAAGAAAGUUGACUGGGAGAGGAGCAGGAAGAUACGGGACUCUCUGGUCGUUCCGGCCAGAGCGAGAGAUGUGCUCCUCCGAGUGCACAACCUCAAUCUACAGGUGGGGGAGAGGGUCCCUUUCGUGAAAAGUGGGGUGGCAUGCCCGAACUGUGGGCAGGUGGAGACUUUGGAGCACUGUUUGCUUGAAUGCAGGAGUGUAACACCAGUGGUUCGAGCUGUCAAAUCGGCGCUCAACAUGAUGCAGCCAACGAGGCAGGUGGACAGGCUGGCAGACCUCGUUUUCGGGGAAGAAGGGACAAAAUCCGGCUUUCCCGAGGCUACUAUGGUGGCAGUGGCGAUGCACCAGGUGUGGCUGGGAAGCUGCUCCCCCACCACCGCCAUCAGCCGCGGGGUUGAAUGGGGGGAUGAACAGGAGGAGGACGGAGGCACAUGUCAUACCAGCUGCUUCCCGUCUGCCUCUCUACCCCUCUGCCUCUCACACCCUCUGUCUACCCCUCUGCCUCUCACACCCUCUGUCUCCCCCUCUGCCUCUCACACCCUGUCUCCCACUCUGCCUCUCACACCCUCUGUCUCCCCCUCUGCCUCUCACACCCUCUGUCUACCCCUCUGCCUCUCACACCCUCUGUCUACCCCUCUGCCUCUCACACCCUCUGUCUACCCCUCUGCCUCUCACACCCUCUGUCUACCCCUCUGCCUCUCACACCCUCUGUCUCCCAUUCUGCCUCUCACACCCUCUGUCUCCCCCUCUGCCUCUCACACCCUCUGUCUCCCCCUCUGCCUCUCACACCCUCUGUCUCCCCCUCUGCCUCUCACACCCUCUGUCUCCCCCUCUGCCUCUCACACCCUCUGUCUACCCCUCUGCCUCUCACACCCUCUGUCUACCCCUCUGCCUCUCACACCCUCUGUCUACCCCUCUGCCUCUCACACCCUCUGUCUCCGCCUCUGCCUCUCACACCCUCUGUCUCCCCCUCUGCCUCUCACACCCUCUGUCUCCCCCUCUGCCUCUCACACCCUCUGUCUCCCCCUCUGCCUCUCACAACCUCUCUCUCUCACCCACUCUGCCUCUCUACCCCUCUGCCUCUCACCCCCAAUCCGUGCUCUCCGGCUGCUACCCUUUCUGCUACUGACCAUCUGCCCCCUCUCUCCUCUCGAGUUCAUCGCUGCCCCUCCUUGCAACAACUCACCAGUUGCUCCCACAUGCGCGCAGUGA